GUUGAAGAAGAACAACAAAGGCUUUUCCUUUCCGUUCGGACUCUUUGCUUUUACUGAUCCUAAUCUCAAACAGAGUAGGACCCGUCUCCUCAAUGCAUGACCGAGCUUGUGAACUCUUCUACUCCAUCAAAGGCGGUACAGUCGACUACGGUUACGUCCACGCUAAAUCCUCCUUUCACUCUCGAUACGGACGUCAUUACCAAACGGGAUCUUACCCAUCUUGGUCAAGAUCGAAUCCCAUUCAUUUCGUCACCCAUUCGUUAGGAGGGACGACCGUGACGGUCAUGCAGCAGUUGAUCAAUGAAGGGCAUUUUGGGUUUGAGAAUGGCAUUCAUCCUGAUAUGGUGGCUAGCGUAACGGCUGUUAGCGCUCCGUUUAAGGGGACGGGAUUUGCGUAUAUUAUUGGCGAGGAUAGGAAGUGUGCGCCUGAAAUCGAGUAUUUCUCCGUAAACUCCUUCAUCGUCCGCUCCGUACAUACCCUCUCAUACUUUGCUCCAUUGAUCCCAUCGUGGAUCCCUCUACCCGAUUGGCAUCGAGACGCACGCCGAAUGACGAUGACGGAGAUUUCGUUCUGGGAGUAUUUGAAGCAAAUGUGGAGGAGCGAUUGGGGGGAGAGGAAAGAUGUGAUUAGUUUCGAUGCGACGUAUGAGGGCCCUGUUGAGUGGGAACGAUUUUGGAAUGGGCCGAGGGGUAAAGGGGUCAAGGGGAAGGAAGAGUCGAGGACGUAUUAUCGGUCUUAUGUUGCUUGUAUGACACAACGAGCCAGUCCUGAAACGACGCGUCACGUUUGCUCGUGGAAGUCGAACAUUUUAGAGUCGAUAUUCAUUUAUUUCUCCGCUCACCUAUUGGGGAACUUCGACUACGGUUCUAUUCGACCCGUUCCGUGGUUUAUGAAACCUCGGUCACGAUCGUCUCGUGCUGGUGUGGCGAGAGCGCGUAGUUGUGGGAACAGCGGACCUGGGAACAGUAGGGAGUUGGGUAGGAGUGAGGUAGAGGAAGAGGAGGAAGGGACGAUGUUUGGAUGCGGGGUGUUGGAUGGGAGCGAGGCUUGUGUUAGGGAGAGAGAUUUGGAAGGAGGUGUGGGGAGGAAGAAUUGGCAUGGGCGGACGGGUACCAAGGUGGAGCUUUCGGAGGAUUACUAUGCCAAUGAUGGAGUGGUGCCUCUCUUUAGUCAAUUUCAUCCAGCGAUGCCGAAAUCGAAACCGAAACCGGGUAUAUGGAACGUUUGUUAUAUGCCCGACACGACGCAUUUGAGUUUGAUGCCUCUUUGGAGAGGGACGAGGAUGCAGAAGGAGUUUUGGACCGAGUUGGGAGAGUGGCUUGAGGUUGUGGAUGAGGCGAGGAUGGAGAGCGAUGUUGAGGGGAAAGCGAGCGAGAAGGUUGGAGGAAAGAGAGCACCUGUCGUCCCUGUGCGCAGUUUUUCGAGGCCCCUUUGAGGGAGAGAGAGAGCAACGUCUGUGUGUAUGUGUGCUCACGUCUCUGUCUUCUCUCUCUUGAAGUGCAUUGUCGUGCGUGCCAUCAAAAUUUCUUACUUUCUGAGCGCAGCGAUAAAACUAGCGAAGCGUGCAACUAAC